GAAGCUUUCUAUUAAUAUUACAAUCAAUCUACCCUUGACUCAAGAAAUUAAACGGUCUUUCGACGAAAUUACACGCAUUUACAUAUCGGAAUUACUUGAAUCAAACACAAUUAUUCGACAUGCCGGGAGCCGAGGAAACGGGCGAUUCAGUUAAACAGACGUCAACCGACUUCUUCGAGUCUAUAGGCCAUAAAGCUGAGCAUCUCGCGCCUGCGACUAAUGGAGCCAAUGGAACCAACGGUGUUGCGCACGCAGACAACGACGAUGAGAAGGUUGUCGAGGAAAUCGAGUCAUUAUGCAUGAACUGUCACGAAAAUGGCACGACGCGCAUGCUUCUAACCAAGAUCCCCUACUUCCGCGAAGUUAUCCUUAUGUCCUUCUCCUGCGACAAAUGUGGCUUCUCCAACUCCGAGAUACAAGCUGCGGGUACUAUCCAGCCUAAGGGCUCAAGUUACCUGCUGCGCCUGACCGAAAUGAUCGACUUUGAGAGACAAGUAGUCAAAUCCGAUACCGCGAUCGUCAAAUUCAUCGAACUCGACCUCGAGGUCCCCGCAGGCCGUGGGCAGCUUACAAACGUUGAAGGUCUAUUGAGUACGAUUGUGGAUGAUCUAGAACUUGGACAGGAGGCGCGCAAAGAACAAGCGCCGGAUGUUUAUACUAAAAUCAAUGAGAUUAUUCAGAAGGGGCGCGCGAUGCUUUCUGGGGAGGCUUUCCCCUUCAGAUUAUCCGUCGACGAUCCCGCUGGAAACUCUUGGAUCACGCCUAACAUGCGUGAUGGCGUUGGGAAGUGGGAGAAACACGAAUACGAGCGUUCUGCCGAACAGAAUGAGGCCCUAGGUCUCGCCGCCACGAACCCAGCUGUCGAGGCUUCUUUAGAAGAUGAAGAUAUUGUCCCAGACCAGGUAUACGAGUUUCCGGCCACAUGUCCCGGAUGCAUGCACCCAUGCACGACUAAUAUGAAGAUGGUUGAUAUCCCACACUUCAAGGCGGUUGUGUUGAUGUCAACCGUCUGUACCGACUGCGGAUAUCGAUCCAACGACGUUAAGACCGGAGGUGCAAUACCAGAUCUAGGUAAGAAGAUCACACUAAGAGUCGAGACUGCGGAGGACCUUGCCCGAGACAUCCUGAAGAGCGAGAGCUGCUCGCUGGAGUGCCCUGAACUCAAUCUCCAAGUAAAUCCUGGAACACUAGGGGGGCGAUUCACUACCGUAGAAGGUCUCCUAACGCAAGUACGGAACGAUCUUCAUAACCAGAUAUUCGAGACUGGUGCAGAAGCAGGCGACUCUCUGGCUAGUGACGAGCGAUCACAAUGGAAUUCGUUCUUCGAAGGCAUAGACGCUGCAAUCAAGGGCGACAAGAAGUUUACCGUCAUCCUUACCGACCCUCUCGCAAGCAGUUACGUCCAGAAAGCUGUUGACCCCGAUCAGGAGGACCCCCAGAUCACGACGGAGGACUACAAGCGAACAGAGCAAGAGGAGGAAGAGUUGGGCCUGACUGACAUGAAAGUCGAGGGCUAUGAGGCAGAUAAUACGAAUGGAACUGCAGAGACCAAUGGCGCGUGAUGGGUUGGUGGAGCGGAUGGCUGUUUAGAAUUACCCUAGUAGUUGGUGCAUCAAGAUACCUGAUUGAAAUCCCCGAAGGAUAGCAUAGAUAUGGAUAACAGAAGUAAAAGUUAAAGUUCUUGGUAAAUGCUCGUCUAAUAUUCUCGGGCUAUAGGGUGCUCCU